CUACGUUUCCCAGAGUCCACAGUGGCCCAGCGUUAGGUCUCUCUUGACGUCGUGGCGAGAUCUUUAGCUCCGCACGGACCCGGACGCGACCAAGGGAAGGCAGAAGAAAAUUGCUUCUGGAUAUUAGGUGUGAAUUCUUUUUAGAACAAGGAAGACAUCCUGGGCUGUGGAGAGAGACUGACAAAAGGCCUGUGCAUAGGCAAGAAUACUGCCAUCGGUUGCCAUGUUCUCCACCAGGGGAUCUUCCUGACCCGGGGAUUGAAUCCUCCUGCUUAUGCAUCCUUUACCUGCUUAUGCAUUUUCUUUACCACUAACACCACCAGGCCCAGACUUUCUCUGAACUCCAAGAUCAAACAGCUAAUGGACAUUUGGCAUUUCCACUCGGAUGUAUAGUAAUCAUCUCAAGGAUUGACGUAAAAGCAGGCUGCUCUCCCACCAACCUCAGCAGCUGCCAGCCACAGAAGGAAUCUUAUUCUUCAGGAAAGCGGUGGAGAGGGCUUAGGUGGAAAAUAAGGAUUGCCUGGCCAAGCGGCUUCUAGGAACGGAGUUCUCACUCAGGACUCUUCACUUGUUCAACAGAAGAAUCUAAAGAAAUCCAAGCAGGACAGGUGGUUCUAAAAGCCAUGAUCCAGGGAUUGGUGACAUUUAGGGAUGUGGCUGUAGAGUUCUCUCAGGAAGAAUGGAAGUGCCUGGAACCUGCCCAGAGGGACCUGUACAGGGAGGUGACUUUGGAAAACUUUGGCAACUUGGUCUCACUAGGACUUUCCAUUUCUAAGCCUGAUGUUGUCUCCUUACUGGAGCAAGGGAAAGAACCCUGGAUGGUUGUGAAUGAUAUGACAGGACCAUGGUGCCCAGACUUGGAGUCAAGGUGUAAGACCUUUCUGCAGAAAGAUACCUUUGAAGUCAUGUCAUUCAAUUGGGAGCUAAUGGAAAGCCUUCAGUGCUAUGAUGAAGACUGGCCAUAUAAAGGCCAGUUUGAAAAACAACAAGUAAAUCAUGAGUGCUGUUUUAAGCAAGUGAAGAUCACCUAUGGCAACAUGCCCACUUUUGAGUGUGGGCAUACAUCACUCACCCUACAUCCCAGCAGUGAGACUGGUGAGAAAUCAAUUGAAUGUAAUGAAUGUGGGAAAGCAUUCAGCCGUGGCUCACACCUUAUUCAACAUCAGAAAACGCAUACUGGUGAAAAACCCUUUGAAUGUAGGGAAUGUGGGAAGGCCUUCAGUCGUACCUCACACCUUGUUCAACAUCAGAGAAUUCAUACAGGUGAGAAACCUUAUGACUGCAAGGAGUGUGGGAAGGCCUUCGGUCGAACUUCAGAACUCAUUCUCCAUCAGAGACUUCAUACAGGUGUCAAACCUUAUGAAUGUAAAGAAUGUGGAAAGACCUUUCGACAGCAUUCACAACUUAUCCUGCAUCAUAGGACUCAUACAGGUGAGAAACCCUACGUCUGUAAAGACUGUGGCAAGGCCUUUAUUCGUGGCUCACAACUUACUGUUCAUCGGCGAAUUCAUACAGGUGCUAGACCCUAUCAGUGUAAAGAAUGUGGGAAGGCCUUUAGACAGCAUUCACAACUUACUGUACAUCAGAGAAUUCAUACCGGGGAGAAACCCUAUGAAUGUAAGGAAUGUGGUAAGGGCUUUAUUCACAGCUCAGAAGUUACUCGACAUCAAAGAAUUCAUUCUGGGGAGAAACCCUAUGAAUGUAAAGAAUGUGGGAAGGCCUUUAGACAGCAUGCACAGCUUACACGACAUCAGAGAGUUCAUACAGGUGACAGACCCUAUGAGUGUAAGGACUGUGGAAAGGCCUUCAGUCGUAGUUCAUACCUUAUUCAACAUCAAAGAAUUCAUACAGGUGACAAGCCCUAUGAAUGCAAGGAAUGUGGGAAAGCCUUUAUUCGUGUUUCGCAACUGACUCAUCACCAGCGAAUUCAUACUUGUGAGAAACCCUAUCAAUGUAGGGAAUGUGGAAUGGCCUUCAUUCGUAGUUCACAACUUACUGAACAUCAAAGAAUUCAUCCUGGUAUCAAACCUUAUGAAUGUAGAGAAUGUGGGCAGGCCUUUAUUCUUGGCUCACAGCUCAUCGAACACUACAGAAUUCAUACUGGCUAGAAAGCCUUGGUGUUAGGGAUAUAGGGAAGCUUUAUGUGGAAUUCAUGCCUCACUCAGUAGUAAAUGCAUAAUGUAAUUAUUGUCAGAGAACCUUCAUUUGUCACUUCCAUUAUGGAACAUCAGGUAACUCAUACCACAAGAAAAUUCAAUAAAUGUGGGAAUUCUUUUUGCCUCAUACUCACUGUUUACUAAGGGAAUCAGGGAGCUUAUAAUGAAAAAAAUUUAAUAUGAAUAUAGAAAAGCCUCAUAUUACCACUCAAAUUAUGAGAAUUCCUAAUAGAAAAUGACCCUAUUAAAGUAUUUUAUGGCU